AUGGAGGCGUUUGCGGGCGCCCCAGGCGCUGUUGGUGGCGAUUCCGCACCUGGCCUCGCUCCCGGCGACCUCGGCUCUGGUGCUCAGGCCUUGGAGGGAGGCUGGUCGGUGGCCGUCUCGCCGGCGGCCAGGAGGGCGGCUGUGCCUUCCCAGGGCGCGGCCAAGUGGUCGGGGAGUCGUUUCUGGGUUCUGGCAGACGAGGUCUCUGACGGCGAAGAGGAGGUGGAGGCGUGUGACGAGGCGGGGUCAGGGGCGGGCGGCCGUGCGGCCUGCUCCAUUGGUGACUUCGUGUCGCGCGCGGAGGAGCUCGGGGGCUCCUUCAAGGCCGGGUGCCGGCGUGCUUUUGCGCCCGGAGGUCAUGGCCCAAGGUGGGCCGCGCUGCCGGGGGGCAGGGUGCCGUGCGCUUCUCCACGGGGUGAGGGCCGAGGCAGCCCUGAAGCUUCCGACGCGGGGCUGCUCCUGCAGCCAGCGCAGCCUCUGCGCUGCCCGGUGCGGGCGGCCCCCGCGGCCACGGUGGUGGCGCCGGCGGAUCCUGGCGGAGCGCAGGCUAGGGUUGGGGAUGUCUCGCCGGGGGCGUUGGCGGGCCAGGCCCAUCGGGUGGCAAGCGGCCCAAGUCCGGGGCAAACGCGCGCGGCGGCCUAG